AUGUUCUCGAUGCACAGAAGGAGAUCUGUCGUGGCUUGUUUUGUGCUCGUUGUUUUAGUGUGUUUCUGGGACGCGGCAUCAGGGCAGCUCUCCUAUUCUGUUUCUGAGGAGGUGAGUCCGGGAACAACAGUGGGAAAUCUCGCUAAGGAUCUAAACCUGAAUGUUCAGGAACUGGAGUCGCGCAUGUUUCAGAUUGUCACGGGAGCCAAGAAAAAAUAUUUCGAGGUAAAUCUAAAAACUGGGUUUUUAUAUGUGAACGAAAGAAUAGACAGAGAGGAGCUUUGCGCCAAAGCGCCCAAAUGCACAGUCAGUGUAGAAGCGGUUAUCAACAAUCCAUUAAAGCUCUAUCAGAUAGAAAUCAAUAUUGUGGAUGUAAACGAUAAUAAACCGACAUUUAAUUCAAAAACUCAAUAUUUAGAUGUCGCUGAGAACACUUUACCCGGCGUAAAAUUCCCUCUUUCUUAUGCGUCUGAUGCGGAUGUAGGAAAAAACACAGUGAGCACCUAUAAGUUAAGCCAAAAUGAGUAUUUUUCCUUAGCAGUGCACAAAGGAGAAGAGCAGAGCGUCUCCGCUGAGUUAGUUUUGCAGAAAGCUUUAGACCGUGAAAAACAGCCUCUGGUCCAGCUUACACUGACCGCUGCAGAUGGAGGAAAUCCGCCGAAAUCAGGCACGUCUCAGAUAAUUAUUAGGGUUUUAGAUAUUAAUGACAAUGCUCCUGUGUUCAGUCGCCCUUUAUAUAAAGCAAGUCUUGUUGAAAACGUGCCUAUUGGUAGCACUGUAAUAAUUAUAAAUGCAACCGACAAAGAUGAGGGUACCAACAGCGAUAUCAUUUAUUCACUUCGAGAGACAGAUCAAGAUCACAUUUUAGAUAUUUUUCAGAUUGAUGCGAUUACGGGUGCAAUCACAGUCAAGGGCGAUGUAAAUUUCGAGAAAAACAAUGCGUUUGAGAUCCGCGCACAGGCCAGUGACAAAGGACAGCCUCCAAUGUCCACGCAUUGUAAAGUGCUGGUGGAGGUGCUGGAUAUUAAUGACAAUGAGCCAGAGAUAACCGUGACGUCACUCCUCAGUACAGUGAAAGAGGACGCCAGUAUUGGCACUGCUGUUGCUCUGGUCUCAGUGAUUGACAGAGAUGGUGGCAGAAACGGUGUGGUGAAUUGCGCGGUGUCAAAUAAUGUGCCUUUUAAACUUCAGACAAACUACAAGAAUUAUUAUUCCUUAGUAGUAGAUGGACCUCUAGACAGAGAGCGCGCGUCUGAGUAUAACGUGACAAUCAGCGCUGCUGAUGAAGGGUCUCCGCCUCUCUCUAGUACCAGUGUCAUUGCUGUACACGUUUCUGAUGUCAAUGACAACGCGCCGCGCUUUCCAGAGCCCGUCAUUAAUGUGUAUGUGAAAGAGAACAGUCAGAUUGGAGCUGUUCUUCAUACAGUAUCUGCUGUUGAUCCUGAUGUAGGUGAUAAUGCCAGAAUAACAUAUUCUUUACUAGAAAGCUCUAAAAGCGGCCCGGUAACAUCCAUGAUCAACAUCAACUCUGACACUGGAGAUCUGCACAGUUUACAGUCGUUUAACUACGAGGAGAUCAAAACAUUUGAGUUUAAAGUUCAGGCCACAGACUCUGGUGUUCCUCCGCUCAGCAGUAACGUGACUGUAAAUGUGUUUGUCCUGGAUGAGAAUGACAACAGUCCCGCGAUUCUCGCGCCCUAUUCCGAGCUCGGUUCCGUUAACACCGAGAACAUUCCCUAUUCUGCUGAGGCGGGCUACUUUGUGGCCAAGAUCAGGGCUGUAGAUGCAGAUUCUGGUUACAACGCGCUGUUGUCCUACCACAUCUCUGAGCCCAAAGGAAACAAUCUGUUCCGAAUCGGAACCAGCAGCGGGGAGAUCAGGACUAAGAGGAGAAUGAGUGACAAUGACCUGAAAACUCACCCGCUGGUCAUUUUGGUUUGUGAUAACGGAGAGCCCUCACUGUCAGCGACUGUGUCUAUUGAUGCUGUGGUUGUUGAAAGCGGAGGUGACGUCAAGACUCCAUUCAGACAUGCGCCGGUAAAGGAGGAGAGUUUCUCGGAUUUAAAUCUGUAUUUGCUGAUCGCCAUUGUGAGUGUGUCCGUCAUCUUUUUACUGAGCCUCAUCAGUUUAAUAGCUGUGAAAUGCCACAGGACAGACAGCAGUUUGGGCAGGUACAGCGCCCCGAUGAUCACCACACACCCUGACGGGAGCUGGUCUUACUCCAAAUCUACUCAGCAGUAUGACGUGUGUUUUAGCUCAGACACACUGAAGAGUGACGUAGUGGUUUUCCCCGCGCCAUUUCCGCCUGCAGAUGCAGAACUGAUCAGUAUUAAUGGAGGAGACACUUUCACCAGAACACAAACACUCCCUAAUAAAGAGAAGCCUAAAGUUCCCAGUUCAGACUGGAGAUAUUCGGCGUCCCUCAGAGCAGGAAUGCAAAGUUCUGUCCGUAUGGAGGAGUCCUCUGUGAUGCAGGGAGCUCAAGGAGUCCUGGUUCAGAACUGGCCCACCGUUUCCAGCGCUCCCGAUAAUGAGGGUGGAGAGGUGUCUCCACCUGUAGGCGCUGGAGUGGACAGCAACAGCUGGCAUUUCCGAUAUGGGCCGGGUCCCGGAGGCCCUCCGCACCUGAAACCCGGUGAAGUUCCUCCCGAAGCCUUCAUCAUCCCUGGAUCUCCGGCCAUUAUUUCCAUCAGACAAGGACAGGACGGUGACGACAAGAGCGACUUUAUUACCUUUGGGAAAAAGGAGGAGGCCAAGAAGUUAAAGAAGAAAAAGAAGAAGGAGAAGAAGGAUAAGCGGGAGAAAGGGAAGGAUGAUGAUGAUUAGAGAGACAGAGGAAGGAUGUCUUUUAAAAGACAGAAGUCUCAACGAAAGUCUGUAGAACAAAAAGUGUGCGUUUAUUAAGUCUGAGAUGCAUAUUUGGGAGCUCGUCCAAAUGUUUUCUUUUUACAAAAACGUUCCUGUUUGAUUACACAAAUACAUGGCAUCCCUUUCCAUUUCUUAAUGAUGAAACUGAUUAAUCUUGCCUGUUAGAUUACUGAUUAGUGUUCUCUACAAUUCAGACUGGAGUUGGUACGUCUGUCUUUUUCAUCCGAUUGGCUUUUGUUUUCCUUUUGAUAGGAAGACAAAAUCUGAUGUAUAAUGUUUGUUAGCUGUGUGCCGCUUCAAGUGUGUUAAAAUGCAGGAGGGAAAAAAAAAACUGCACAUGCUGGUGUAAAUAUGCAGGUCGAGGUGUGUGAAGACGCUAAGUUAACGCUUUUUGCUCAUUCACUUCUCCUGGUGCAGGAUGGGAGAAACAUCCUGUAAAACGAGAGACGCUGAUACAUACUUUCACACAGAGGACACAAAAAAAGUCUCACAUCCUCGAAAUAAA